GAUAGGUUCAAGAGCCGUUAUACUAGAGGCGUAAACCUGAAGGGGAACAUUGCUGCGUCAAGCGUGCGUUAGGUUGACAACAUGCAGGCAACGCAGCAGCUUAAAAUGCAGGCGUCCCCCUGCACGGGGGCGCGUCUAGCACGGCCUUGCAGGGCUCGUGUUGUCGCCCGUGCCCAGGUUGGCGCGGCUCCUCCUCCAGCCUGGCCGCAGCGCGUGGUGCCGCCUGAGGUCGAGCACCGCGGCGAGCCCAAACGCUUCUCGGUUCUCGGUUCGACGGGCUCGAUUGGCACGCAAACCCUGGACAUCAUUGAGGAGUUCCCGGAGAAGUUCAAGCUGGUGGCCCUGGCCGCCGGAUCGAACGUUAAGCUCCUAGCAGAGCAGGUCCGCAAGUUCCGCCCCGAGAUGGUCGCCAUCCGCGACGCCGCCAAGGUGCCGGCGCUGCGCGAGGCGCUGGGCGACCUGCCGCAGCUGCCGGUCAUCCUGGCGGGGGACGAGGGGGCCGUGGAGGUGGCCAGGCACCCGGCGGCGGAGGCCGUCGUGACGGGUAUCGUGGGGUGCGCCGGGCUGCUGCCCACCGUGGCCGCUAUCAAGGCCAAGAAGGACAUCUGCCUGGCCAACAAGGAGACGCUGAUCGCGGGCGGCCCCUUCAUCCUGCCGCUGGCCCAGCAGUACGGUGCCAAGAUCCUGCCCGCGGACAGCGAGCACAGCGCCAUCUUCCAGGUGAUGCAGGGGCUGCCCGAGGGCGGGUUGCGGCGCAUCAUCCUGACGGCCAGCGGGGGAGCCUUCCGCGACUGGCCCGUGGAGAAGCUCAAGGAGGUUACGGUGGCUCAGGCCACCAGCCACCCCAACUGGUCCAUGGGCAAGAAGAUCACCGUGGAUAGCGCCAGCCUCAUGAACAAGGGUCUGGAGGUGAUCGAGGCGCACUACCUCUUCGGGGUGGACUACGACAACAUCGAUGUGGUGAUCCACCCGCAGUCCAUCAUCCACUCCAUGAUUGAGACGCAGGACUCGUCGGUGCUGGCGCAGCUGGGCUGGCCCGACAUGCGGCUGCCCAUCAUGUACACCAUGAGCUGGCCGGAGCGGGUGCCGGUGCGCGACGCCACCUGGCCCCGACUGGACUUCACCAAGGCCAGCAGCCUCACCUUCAAGGCGCCCGACCGGCAGAAGUACCCCUCCCUGGACCUGGCCUACGCGGCGGGGCGCACCGGGGGCACCAUGACCGGCGUGCUGUCGGCGGCUAACGAGCAGGCUGUUCAGAUGUUCAUCGACGAGAAGGUGCACUACCUGGACAUCAUGAAGCUCAAUGAGGCCUGCUGCGAGGCGCACAAGUCGGAGCUGGUUGCCAGCCCCGACCUGGAGACCAUUGUGCACUACGACAACUGGGCUCGCCGCUGGGUGGAGGAGGCGGUGACCCGUGGGUCGUUCAGCUCCAAGGUCUUCGCCAUGGCGUAAGAGAAGAGGAGAGCCGCAUGUGUGUCGCCAGUGGUGGUGGUGUGACACACAGCUUAGUGGAUGCAGGGUGCUGCUGCUGUGGGGUAGUAUGUCAUGUUGCGUUGGGAUACUGUGUUCCGAUGUACAUUCGUUGGCAUGUAUGCCGGGGUGCAGGCUGGUGUAGGCUGGUGAACAGAGGUAAGACCGCGCGUGAACCAGGUUUGGUAUGCUAUUGGCGUGUCAGCGACAUGAUGUUUUGGCAUUCUUUCGGUUUGCGUCUUCCGCUGCUACCUCAUGCUCUCUUUCUUUUUGGGAAGGAAGCCAACGAAAGCGUUUUUGAGGCCAUGCGCUGCGAUAGAUUGCUGGUCGCUUCUUCGGAGCGAGGUGGUUGACGGUUAUUGGUUGGCGGUUGGUUGCGAGGGCACCUAUUAUUGACUAACACCUGGUGUAGCUACGAGUGUUUAGCUGCUGGUCCCUAAUAUUGGCGCCAAGCCGGCGGGUAGGCGUCACUACGUGGGGCCCGUAACCUCGCAGCACCCGCCCUUCGGCUCGUUGUUGAGGACAGGCAUUCCUGGCGGGAGGCAACCGGCCCAAGGAGACAGUUGGUUGUGCUAGAGUCGGGCGAGAUGUCCCGUUGGGUUUGCUGUGGGUUCGCUUGCUUGACUGUUUUUAGGCAGGCAGCUUUUGGCCAAAUGUUUGCCAAAUUUUGCAGCUGCCUGCCUGAACCUGACAGUACAUGGUGAAGGCCAUUCCCAGGUGGUAAGCUGGUUACUGCCCACAUGUACGAAACAUUUUUACGGCCUGUGUAUGUACGAUUUCCCCUUUGUACGUGAGCCAUGUAUGGAGGGUCUCAUGUAUACCCGAUUACGGCAGUUUGGAGCAUUCAGCAGCAAUAUUACGUUAUACGUACGCAUUCCGGUUGAAGUUGGCUUGCGUACUUCACCGAUACCAGUGCCGGUUGGCAGUACUGCUAGGGAUGGUCGCUUGCCGUCGCCGAAAACGUUAUCAUUUAGGGGCUCUGCGGUCGUAUAGAGACUUACUGAAGUUAGUGCAAAAGUGCUUACGACGCUCUGCGGCGGAUCGUACGACAGCGAGGCUAGCGUAGCUAGCCAUCGAGCUACUCCAUCCGCCACCCCCAAAGGUUAUCACUUAAGUGACGUUAUAUAGGGACGACAUAAUCAUAGGACUCACCGUUAGAACUGGGUUGAACCGUCCUUAGAAGCCCCGGCUGAAUAACCGACUAUAAUCUAAUAUUGCCCUUUGAAUGCUGUGUUGAUAUAUACCAGUCUUCAAUUAUAGAAAUCUGCAACUCUUACGGAUCCGCUCGCUGGUAAUGGAAAUGUGCUGUGCGCCCAUGGUACCUUGCCCAUAAUCGCUGCUUUACUUGAAUACCCACACACCGAUAUACAAAGUUAACUGUAAUGGAAGGAGCAGAUGCCCGCAAGAUGCGGUUAAAGGUGUUCGUCCGUGUGCGGCCCCCACCAAGCGACGAGUCGAGCAGCAUUGUCAAGGCAGAGCAUCGUGUGCUAUACUUAAAGGAUGCUGCAAAAGGGCAGAGCAGCGAAUAUGUCUUCGACAAAGUCUUUGAUGGAAAUGCCAAGCAAGACGCGGUCUUCCACGAUGUUGGCAUGCCCCUAAUUGAUCACGUCCUGCAAGGCUACAAUGCGUGCUGCUUCGCCUAUGGCCAGACUGGCAGCGGCAAAACAUAUUCGAUGUAUGGCCGGGAUGGCGCGAAUGCGUCGAAUGGAGGUGGAGCUCAGGAGCAAAGCUCUGACCCGGGGCUCAUUCCCCGCGCUUGUGAAGCAUUGUGGAAAACAGCAUAUCAGGUCAACCGCAAGGCAGAUCACGUUGAGUCUGCUGGGGGCACCCCCAGCGUACGGAUUAAGCUUUUCGUCAGCUUCCUGGAUAUCUACAUGGAGCAAGUCCGUGACCUUGGAGCCGCGGCCCAGGCCUACCUCAAAGCCAACGGCAUCGUCAAGCCAGGCAGCGGCAGCAGCAGCAAUGGCGGCGGCGGAGGUGGUGGCGGCGGCAGCUUCAGCGGCAGCGGCUUCUCCCAUAACUUCAACGACGCUGCCGUCUACCUGCCUCCCUUCACCUUCGUCUCCGGAAGCCAGCCGCCCUCCCGUGCCGCCUCCUCCUCCCUGGUGCCGCCCAGCGCCGACCCACCCCGCAUCAACCUCGAAGUUGUAGAGGACGCCAACGGCAACACCUACGCCAAGGAUCUGUCGUACAUCGAGGUGGCCAGCUGUGAGGAGAUGCUCGCCAUCCUGCGGGCGGGGUACGGCAUGCGGCCGGCGGCUGUGUCUCCCGCCACGGGGGAUGUGACCUACCGCUCGCACACCGUCUUCACGGUCACCGUGGUGACCUACCGAGCCGGGCAGCAGCCGGUGACAGGCCGUCUGAACCUGGUGGACUUGGCGGGCAGCGAGCGGCACGGGCGGAGCGGCUCGGAGGCGCAGAGGCUCAAGGAGCUGAGUUUCGCCAGCAAGUCGCUAGCCGCGCUGGGCAAGGUGGUCACCAUUCUGGCGCAUGGCGCCCCCCACAUCCCGCUGCCAAGCAUGCCCUCCGUCAGCUCCGGCUCCGGCGCCUCCCCCUCCGGCUCCCUCUCCCUCGCCUCCGCCCCCCACUCCGCCUCCCACUCCAUCUCCCACGCCUCCCACGCGUCCGCCUCCCACUCCGCCUCCGUUGGCUCCGCCGCCGGUGGCGGCGGCAGCACCUCCUCCUCCAGCCUCGUCCACAUCCCCUUCCGCGACUCCAAGCUCACCCGCCUUCUCAAGGACUCCCUCACCGGCAACGCCCUGGUGGCGCUGCUGGCCUGUCUGCUGCCCAUCCCGGAAAACGUGGAGGAGUGUACGGCAACCCUGCAGUACGCCGUACGCUGCUCCGCUCCCUCGGUGACGCCGGCGGUGAAUGUGGUGCCCACGGUGGCACCGGAUGCGGGCGCGGUGGAGGAGCUGAUGAAAGAGGUGACCCAGCUGAAGGACGAGCUAGAGGUCACUCACGCGCACUACCAGAAGCUGCUGGAGCAGGUGGCGGGGCCCGCAUGGCGGGGCGACCCCGGCCCCCUGGAGCGAGCCCCCGGCGCGGAGGAGGCGGGGCUGGACGCCUUCGCAGCCGCGCUGGCCAACCUGGGGAAGCCCAGCGGCGAACGAAGCGGCUCGGGCAGCGGCUCCGCCAUGCCUACCAUUGCGUUUGGGGGGAUAAGCGGCGGCGGCGGGUCGCUGAGCGGCGGGCUGGGCAGUGGGGGCGGGCGGGAGGGGUCGGCGGAUGAGCGGCGGCGGUCGUCGGCGUUCGGGGACCGCAGUGUGGGGGGUGCGGCGAGUGUGGUGCGGGGCGGGGGCAUGCCCAAGAGCCUGGCGCAGCAGUCGGCGAGUGGAGCCAACAGCCGCAUCUCGUUUCUUGAGGCGCAGGUUCGCAAGCUGGAGGCGCAGCUGGGUCAGGCGCGCACCUCCGCGCAGCAGUACGAGGAGCGGCUCACCGCCAGGAAGGAGGAGAUGGACAUGGUUCGUGAGCGCAUGGCGGGCAAGGAGCACGCGCAGUUCGCGGAGAUCAAGAAGCUGCGGGCGCAGGUGGCCGAGCUGACCAAGGCGCUGGACGCGGAACGAACCGACUCCGCAAGCAAGCUUGAGGACGCCCGGCGUCGCUCCGAGGAGGAGUGUUCCCGGCUGCUGAAGGACAUCGAGGCACUGCGGGGGCAGCUGGCGGCGGUGACGGGCAGCGUGAGCGGGCUGGUGGCCAAGCACUCGGCCGCCAUCACGGCGGAGAAGCGGCAGCGGGAGGCGGUGAGGAGGCAGGCGGACCAGCUGCUGCAACAGCAGGUGAGUCGCGGCAGCGAGGAGCACAAGGCCCAGCUGGAGAACCUGAAGCAGCAGAGCGGCUACUUCCUGGGCAAGCAGGCGGAGCAGCUGGCGGACCUGCGGCACCAGCUGGAGGCGGGCAGGGCGGCGCAGGCGGCGGAGAGGGAGGCGCUCAUGACCGAGUUGGACUACCUGGCCAGCUACUGCGAGCGGGUGACGGAGCUGGUGCGCCGCAUGGAGAGCGGCGUGGUGCCGGUGCACGAGCGAGGCAACGGAGUGAGGGCGUUCAGGCUGCCGCAGCGGGACAGGCCGCCGAGGCUGGAGGGCAGCAGGCUGACGGUGCUCAAGGAGCGCUCCGCUGACCUGUACGAGCGCCUGCUCGCCCUCUCCGCCGCCGCCGCCGCCGGCACCGGCCGCCCCGGCAGCCCCGGCGGCCUGCUUCACGGCUGCGCCUCCUCCUCCUCCCUGCACUCGCCCUCCCCCGCCACCGGCACCUCGGGCGGCGGCGCGGGCAGCGGCGGCCCGCCCGCCAGCCCCACCGCCGCCACCUCCCCCGGCCGCAACUCUCACCAUGCGCACUACACCUCCCUGGGGGGAGGUGCCACGGGCGGGGGCGGCUCCAGCCUGGGAGGUGGAGGCGGCGGUCCGCUGGGUCCCGCGCUGGGCGGUUUGGGCGGGUCGGUGGACCUGGACGCGCUGCGUGCGCAGGUGGAGUCGGAGCUGAAGGCUGCGGUGACAGCGCAGGUGGUGGGCGACAUGCGGUCGGACAAGACCAUCCAGUACAUCCGGGAGCUGGAGGUGGCGGUGGGCAGGUACCGCAGCGAGCUGCAGGCCGAGAAGAAGCGCAGCUCCGAGAUGGCCAUCGCCCUUCGCUCCGUGCAGCGGCUGCACCAGCGGCCCGAGAGCCCCAUCAACAAGGCGCUGGCGGCGCACACCCCCUCCGGCACCAUCAAGCUGGCACCCAGCUGGGGCAUGGGGCACACGCCGCACAGCGCGCACACGCAGCACACGCAGCGGAGCGCGGGAGGCGGGGGGUCGCUGGCGCUGACGGGCGCCUCGCGGCCGGCGACUGCGGGGCUGGGGUCGCUGGCGGAGGGAUCGCUGGCGUCAGGCGGAACCAGCUUCGCCCGCCGCCCCAGCACCUCCAUGGCGGCACUCACAAGCGGGUUCCGGGAAAACGGCCUGGCGGUGCCGUGAAGGGGGGCCUCGAGGGGGGCCCGGUAGGAAGAGGGGCCUUCAGAUGCCUUAACCGGUAGGAGAGGAGGGGAUACAGGAGGCAGCAGGGCAGCUGUGGGCGCUGCUUGACACCGCCGUGCAGAUUGAGCGGCGGCCUGGAAGCACACGUGCGGUCAAGCUCGUGACUCUACCUUUGUUCAAGAAACAUUCAAUAAGAUACCGAAUUGCGAUAUCCUGGUUCGCAUCUGCGAGGUGAAAAGACGUUGCUGUUCGACCCUGGAAGAUGGACUCGGCGAAGACUAACAGCCCGAUGAUGCAGGGUCGGCUGGCUGGCAGAGCCGCUAUUGUGGUUGUGAUUGUACGACGGUUGACGUUACGAAUGUGCGAUGUGUUGGUCGUUGGAAUGGACGCCUGGGAUUCGUGCAUGCGGUGGGUUUGUGAUGGGCUGUUUGGAUGGGGUUGGCUGCUGAGGCCUGUGAAGCACACCCUAGGAUGCGGACUUGCCUACUUACCUCCUGGUUGCAUGGUUAUGCAGUUUCUCACGAUACGGUUAUUAGGGUAUGUCAUCGUACAGUUCUGUGGCGAUUCAAUCUGAUUCGGUGCACUCAUGUUGCAGUGGCGCGCGAGAGCGCCGGGGUGUAUGUGAACUGUGAUCCUCAUAAAGUUGGCCCACACGGCCUGUUGGCAGAGCGGUGCUGGGGUGGCGCUCGUUUGCCACUGCCUUGCCUGAUGUACACCCGCCCUGUGGUUGGUUGGGUUGGCUGGAACGCCGUUGAUUGUGUGUUUGGAACUUUGGAUACCGUAUGUGGUGCGGAGGUCCAGUGUGCUUGCUGAUGUGCACGGGGGUGUGAAGGGGUGUUUUUACGACUGGGCAUGGCUGUUGGGGACGUCCGUGGGGAGUCAGGACAGAAGGCCGGGUAAGGUAUGUUGCGGCUGAGACAGUGGUGCCUAUGUUGGAAUGAAGUCAGGAUGGCGCGGCCUUGGGCGUUGACGUGUGCUCUCCACCCAACGCCUUGAAGAGAGAAGCUUGCCCAGUAGUCGCGUGCCGGCGGCUACACGCCCAACGCGGCUCCCCUGUUUCCUGUAAGAGUGAGUUUAAAA